AUUCCUCUUUUCUAAAAGAACUACUAUGUAGAUAUGAUCUGUUGCACGUUAGAAAUUUGAUAAUAAACAAUUUUUUGACAAAAUUUUUCCCGCGGAUAAUUUCUAGAACUUCAAGGAAGCCAUGUUUAGACUCCAGUAGCCAGUUUCUAUCAGAUGAUCAUUUUCAUUAUGCCCUUUCUAUUGAAUUUUCCGAAAGUCGAGUAAAAAGUACCUGUUAGUGGUGGCAAUUAUGUUCAGAUGGAAUAAGUGAAUAACAGAAAAAUGGAGGCUUCAUCCCAAAGAGUUGAAAGUGACAGCGAAAAUGAUGAUGACAUAUCUGUUACAUUUGAUUUCACAAGAAGGUCAUGGCGAGAUGAUGUUACAUUCCUCAUUGAAGAUAAUCAGCUUUAUGCAACCAAGGCAAUAUUAGGAAUUGCCUCCCCAGUGUUUGAAGCAAUGUUUGGCUCAAGCUUUAAAGAACGAGAUCAGGAAGAAAUUCCUCUGCCAGAUAAAAAGUUUGAAGACUUCAAUGAGUUUCUUCAUUGCAUUUAUCCAAAAUCGCAAAGGAAAGUAGACAAAGAGAAUGUUUAUAAAGUUCUUCCUCUUGCUGAUGAAUACAAUGUGAAAUCUUUGAUCAAGGAGUGUAAAAAAUUCUUAAGUUCACAUAUAAUGAGUGCGAGAGCAUCAACUGAUGAGGUAAUACAUUGUCAUGGUAUCGCAACUAAACUUAAAUUAAAAAAUAUUAGGGAAGUUUGUGCAAGACGACUGUCAAAAAUUGGACUUAAAGAAAUAGAAUGUAUGGAACACAUCAGUGAUGCAGAAACACUUCUACAAAUUCAUAAAGAUAUUCUAAGAAAACAAGGUGAAGCUUUUGAGGAAACCCGGACGGAACUGGUUAACUUGUACUUACAUAAAGACCUAACUGUGAAAGAUGAUGUUGCACCAAUAACCCCGGCAGAAGCCAGGGGUUCUAUCAUUAAAUUUGAACCAGUGAUAAAUGCACGUAUACUAACAGAACAUGUUCGAGCACUAAGUCAAUCAGUGACGCUAUGGAAUUUAACCUUCCAAAGCUCUUUGAAAAUAAACUCUGUGAACGAUGAAAAAUUCAUUUUUUUGUACCUUACUAUUACAUAUCCAGAGGAUGAGGAGAGAAAUUUAGUAUGCAAAGUUAAGGCAAAAUUUCUGAUUGAACAUGUCGGUACAGAUGAAGAUGCACGGCAUAUUUGUAAAUCAUUGCAUGAAAAGGAAUUCUCAAAUGGUCGCAAUUCAUGGGGAUUUCAGAGAAUGGCAAGAUUAAAAGACCUUUAUGAACUUGGAUAUGUUGCAAAUGACACACUAAAUAUAACAGUCUACAUAUUGGCAAAUAAGCCAUUUUGUAAGAAUUGAUAUCAAAUUUCAUUCGUUGUUGAGUUCAUUUUGUAAAUUUUCAAAGACUUCAGAUUUAUUAGAGAAUACCACUGAGAUAUAUAGGAGGCUAAGAAGCUUAAGUGUAUUCAAGUUCUGUAAGAAUUUGUGGGAGUGAAUCGGGUAUUUUAUGAAAAUAAAACACUAUCCUUGCUUGAAUUGAGGAUCGUUUAUAGUAUUUUCUUGAAUUUAUACUAAAUGUAAAUGCUUGUUUUUAAGAUGGAGAAUGUUUUCUGGUAUAUCCGUUCAGAAUUUAAAAGUAAGGAAGGCAAAGAGAUAUAGCUUUUGACGUUGUCCAUCCGUCCAGGCACACAAGUUAUAUCAUUGAGAAUAUGGCUUAUGUUAUAAUCAAGUUAUAUACUGAUGAAAUUGCUUUAUUUCACAUUGUUACUUUUUAUUUUUGGCUAAGUAGAAUUUAAGUUAUUGCCACUAUAUCAGAGUGCUGUUUAUAUCUGAAAAAGUGGUUUUCAUGGUUUAGGUUAUUUUUAGUAUCGUGAAGUAAAUGCUCUUAUUAUGUGUUUUGGCGACUGUGUGUCAAUUGUUGUAGGUUGUGGUUCAACAGCUGGGCCAUUAUCUAAUAUUACCAUAACCUUUGGCAUGGUGGUAAAAUCAAGUUGAUAUACAAGUUUGCCCAGUAACCCUCUUCAUUCAUGAUUAGUCAGGAUUGGUUUAAAUAACUUUAACAGGCGAUCACACAUUGUGUGUAGACAGACCACUAAUUAUAAAUAAGGGAUAUCCGUCCCCAGCUAAAACAUAAACAAUGACUUAUAUUCAAAUAAAUUUUCAUGUUUCA